UUACUCUCGUGCACUCGAAGCGUCAGACGCGGGAAGGCCACUGGCACAAUGCGAAAGGUGUCCCUGGAGCAGAGGGAGUCUUCGUACUUCCUCCAAAGUUGUGAAGUUUUGAAUUCAAGACGGCUCGAAAGCCAACUCACUCUGCGACCAGUAGCCGGUUCCAAGACCACAUACACUUCAUCAGCAACUCCAGGCUCGGCUGUGAGAAAGCAAUCUGUGUAGACGUUGCGGAGCCGAAAUGGCUUGGCGUCUCUGUUCUUUUGCCGACGAAUGUAUUCAUUUCGGGCGAUAAAUGGUGGGUUGGCCUUGACGAGCACAAUGCCACUCUCGUCCUGAUACCAAUCAGGGUGAAUCAU